AUGGCUCAGAAUUCACCCACCAAAGCCGACAUCGUAGCAACGCUCGACAAGAUCGUUACCAGAGUGCUAUAUGUAGAUCGGCAAGCCAAGGCCAUAGUGGAACGCUUGAGCCGGGCCGAAUUCAUGUGGCAUGAGUCUACAGCAGCAAGUCAGAGACUGCGUGUCGAAACCAGACAGGUUCUUCAGGACGUAGUGGCGAUGUUGAAUCAAGCCGAUCCUCUCCUUCACGAUGAGGAGGAAGAGGGACCUACGGCGCCGUCUACACCCACGAACCCAAAUCCGUGGAGCGAGAAAGCAGCCAUAGAAAUAGGGAUGAACAACACGGCGGUGGAUCAAGCAGAUCCCGGCAGCAGCAGCCAGCAAUACGGUAGGAAGUAG